AUGGAUGCAGAGAUGGCUUCCUGGAAGUCCACAGGCACCUACGUUGACGCUGUUCCCCCUCCUGGGGCGAACAUCGUCAGUGGCAUGUGGAUUUUCAGGGUGAAGCGGCCGCCGGGAUCUCCGCCUGUCUUCAAGGCGCGUUACGUGGCUCGUGGCUUCAGUCAGCGGCAGGGAGUUGACUACUUUCAGACCUUCUCCCCCACCCCGAAGAUGACCACUCUUCGGGUACUGCUGCACGUUGCUGCUCACCGUGACUACGAGCUGCACUCUCUUGACUUCAGCACUGCUUUCUUGCAGGGCAGCCUGCACGAGGAGAUCUGGCUGCGUCGCCCACCUGGCUUCACUGGGUCGUUCCCUCCUGGUACCCAGUGGAGUCUCCGGCGUCCAGUCUACGGUCUCCGCCAGGCGCCACGUGAGUGGCACGACACACUGAGGACUACGCUGGCGGCACUUGGGUUUGCUCCUUCUACUGCCGACCCGUCGCUGUUUCUUCGCACCGACACCUCUUUGCCGCCGUUCUACAUCCUCGUGUACGUCGACGACUUGGUCUUUGCCACAGCUGACACUGCUGGACUCGCCUACGUGAAGUCCGAGCUGCAGAAGAGACACACGUGCACUGACCUGGGUGAACUGCGCAGCUACCUUGGCUUGCAGAUCACCCGGGACAGAGCACGCCGCACCAUUACCCUGACUCAGUCACACAUGGUGCUGCAGGUCCUUCAGCCCUUCGGCUUCACGUACUCCUCGCCUCAGGCCACUCCUCUGCCUACUCGCCACUCGCUCUCAGCUCUGCCUUCGGAUGAGUCCGUAGAGUCGAAGCACAUGGCUGCAGCGAAGAGGGUGUUGCGCUACUUGUGCAGUACGUCGGGCAUGGGGCUAGUGCUUGGAGGGCGGAGUCCAGUGGUCCUCACUGGGCACGCGGACGCUUCUUGGGCUGACGACCAGGCUACGCAGCGGUCGUCACAGGGUUACACCUUCAGCCUUGGUUCCGGCUCUGUUUCGUGGCGGGCUACCCGCUCGUCUUCUGUUCUCGGCUCUAGUUGUGAGGCUGAGAUCUACGCCGGGGCUAUGGCUGCACAGGAGUUACGCUGGCUCACCUACCUGCUGUCCGACCUUGGAGAGCCGCCUCGUUCUCCUCCAGUCCUGUACGUAGACAACAAGGCCAUGCUGGCCUUGUGUCGAGAGCAGCGACUGGAGCACAGGACAAAGCACAUUGCUCUCCGCUACUUUCUUGCUCGUGAGCUACAGCAGCGUGGACAGUUGCGACUUGCGUACGUGGCCUCUGAGGCCAACACUGCUGAUGUCUUCACCAAGGCACUUGCGCCUUGUGAUCAUCAGCGUUGUUGCACGCAGCUGGGUCUUGUGCCUGUCUUGCCUCACUUGCUCACUUCCUGA